GCGACACUGCUGCCGAAUCCCCUUGCAUUGUGAAGGAGGAGCAGGCACUGGAUGGUUCCAGCAGGAGCAGAGAGCAGACAGCAGGACAGACAGUAACACAGCAGCUUGCACAGUAAGCAGACCGGAGCUUUGAAAACACAUUGUCACGGACUGAGGAAGGCUGAGUGGCUCAAUCAGUUAAUCCAAGAUGUCUUACAACUUGGGAAGCAGGGGGUGUUGUUUGGGAGUCUCCAGCGACCAGCUGUGGCUAGCCAAGAUGGGGCCAGCCGCCAUGUUGGGUCCAACUGCUACAAUGCACUGGCACGGGUUACCAGAGCGAGCCAGCGCCCAGUGCCAGGCAGACAUGGCCCUCUGCCCUUGGUCAUCGAUGGCUGCAGAUCCUGCCUGUGCCUAUCCAACCACGGCUCCUCUCCAGACGGCCUACCCCACCAGGCUGUCUGAAUGCCAGCUCCCAGGUAGUGGGUUUGAGAAGCCGACGGGCCUGGCCCCUUGCUACCCGAGUGAAGACCAUCUCCUUCAAGGCGUGUGCGGCGGCUCCCAAGUGCGGCCAGUCUCUCUGCCAACAACAUUGUACCAGCCGACCAGCGCCAGCCCCUUCAGCGACGCCUUCCUGAGAAGCCAGCAGCUGCCAGCCAUCGGAGUGCAGCUAAAGGAGGGAACGGCCUCUGCUGGGCAGCUGCCAAGAUGGCUGCUGAUGUGCCCAACUGUCACAGGAUAUGGUGUACUUGACGACAGCCAGAUCCACUCAGAGGGUACUGUCUGUGAGCACGAAUGGCUAAGGGCAUCGCCAAGCAACCCAACAUGUUGCCUCGGUAGCAACAAAGACCCUCCCUCCCUGACACUGGGCCCAAUGGCUCCUUCCCUGUAUGGCGACAUGGUCACGUUUCCUGCUGGAUAUGAUCUUGUUGACGGUGGGAUGAGUGUGGGAGAGGCUGGUCCGAUAUUGUGCGCUGUGACCAGACAGGCCGACAGACAGACAGACGCAGAAGAUUUCAGUCAGCAAUCACAAUGGACCCCCAGAGCCGUCUCUGUAGAUGCCAGUCCACAAAGCAACGCUGAACAUGGCGAGAUACGUUGUGGAAGGUUGGCACAUCUGAAAGUCAAGGCGGAAGAAAAUUGCAGCCCGGAAUACAAUCAGGUUGAAACAGAGAGCGAGCUGGAGGUAGCAGCACAGGCCCUGAUCCAACUCUCGGAGGCCCAGUGGAGAUAUGUCCGAGGACAGGCCUACACACGUUAACCAUCGACCACAAAGCAGCACGAGCUCCUGCUGGAAUCUGCUUCCACUUCCUGGUCAGACAUUCUCAUCUGGAAUGGGGUAUCCCGCUGGCUAAAUUAAACUCUCCCACUCCUCACUGGGUUGACUUGCCAGUUCUGUCCCGGUGCCACCCUCAGGUAACUGAGCCACACUACCCACUGGUAUAGGCGGUAGAUGUGGGAAUGAGCCUGUCCCGGGACCCCCAUCCCUUUUCCCGUUGUGCAAAGAGUAACACUGACAGCUGCCUUUUCAGACGCGGAUGGGUUUCUGACCCAGGAAGCAGUAAACUGACUGAGCAAUUGAAGUGAAGACAGAGGUGACACGCUCAUCCUGAUAAAAAUGAUUGAAACCUGCAAGGACCUGGCUCACAGACAGGACUGUGCCACCCGUUUAUGAUGUUUAAAUUCUGGUUGUGCCUCCCUUUUGGAUUUGCAAAGUCUCACUGUGCCGAAUGAAUCGUUAGAAAGCUUGUAGGACAGGGGGCCCUUACGGGCUCAGCAACGGAGAUGUUAACAGCGAUGAACAGUGCUGUGUCGAGUCUGGGCUGUGGAAGGCCAUGCAGACUCGAUUAAACCAUCCAUCCAUCCAGAAAGCCCCCCCUGGAGGUUGGAGAGUUCAGUCAUUCCUUCAAAGCUGAUGCCUCUGCAUCUCACGUCUCCUUCUCUAGCAUAGCAACAAAGCUAAGUUCCAGCAGAUAUUUUGCCCUGACGAUGCAGUAAGUUGUAGGAUACAGGACAAGCAGUAGCCAAGGUACUGUGUCCCAUGAUGCUCUGAGCUGAUCAGUGAUUGGCUGGAGCUCUGAGCUGAUCAGUGAUUGGCUGGAGCUCUGAGCUGACAGAGCAUGGUCACAACAUUUGUCAGAAGAGUUGCUUUCACUUGGACUUUUAGUUUCUUGUUUCUCACACAGAGGGUCAUCCGCAGUAAGGAUCACACCCAAUAAAUACAAACAAAUAUUCAGGAUCUCAGAAUUUCUCCGAUCCCAUAACACACCAACUGCUCUGAGUCUAAGGUAAUGUCCUGUUUUCCUAACCUCCCUCUUCAGCUGGAAGUGUAUUUAUCCCCUCUGUUGGUUCCUUUCAAAGUCCUAAAAACCUCAAUCAAGUCAGCUUUAACUUGCACCGUUCCAAAGAAUCCACGUCAGGCCAUCUCUCCUUCAGAACCCAAUCAAAGUGAGAUUCUGGUGAAGUUUCCUUCCUCGAAGGCCGUUAAAUCCUUUCGAAAGAGCUAUGUUCGGACAGUGCUGUGUAUUCCAGGUGGUGAGGUCUUUCUUUAUAUUUUAACCAAGUCAGAGGUCACACGAUGCCAGGUUGCAGUCCAAUGGGUUUAUUUGAAAUCACAAGCUUUCAGAGCGCUGCCC